UUAUACGAGAGGGGGCGCUGUAUUUGCUCAGUGAAUUGCAGUUUGAUAAUGAUGAGUUCUUCGGUUAUUUUGAGAAGGUCUUUUGGUGUUCUUGGGAGGUUUUCGCUUCCAAUUUUAAAUGCCACAACUUCAAUUCAUCCUGUCGCAGUCCGUUGGCUUUCUGAGAAUGACGGUGGGAUGCCAAGGAUUAAAAGAGUCAGAAAGCAGCUGGAAGAAUUGGUUGGAGCUCAGAAGGUGUGGAGUGAGCAACAGCAGGAUCGGUCUGAUCUCUACAGCCAACUUGCCGAGAAGCAAGAGGACCUUGAGGAGCGAUGCAUGGCAGACAGCUAUCAGGAGGCAGUUAUCCCGCUAGGGGAAGACCCCAGAUGCCAAGAGAAAUAUCUAAACUUCUACAAGACGGUGCGCAUCGGCAAGAUCAUGGAAGACUUGGACACGUUUGCAGUGUGGAUAUCCUACCAACAUAACAGGGAAUCUGGGGCCAAGGCCACACCUUUGGUGAUUGUCACAGCAUUGGUCGACAGAAUAGAUCUCCACGAAGUUGAAAUCAAAUAUAAUCGAGAUAUCAAGAUGUGCGGCAGUGUGACAUGGGCUGGGAAAACGUCAAUGGAAGUCACUAUGCAUUUACAUCAAAAACAAGACGGCGUUAAUUGGAAGAAGUUAAUUGGUGCCAGAUUUGUAAUGGUGGCACGAGAUCCAGACAACAAGGGGGCAGCAUUUGUGCACCCACUGCGAGCUCAGACCACAGAGGAAGAGUCCAUUAUAGCCAGAGGUAAGAAAAACAAACAGCUGCGGUUGGAGAGAUCGGAGCAGUCCUUACUCAGGAGCGCCCCCACUGCCGAAGAGAGAGAGAUCAUCCACAAGCUCUUUGUGGAUACGCUCGACCAAAGGAGUGCCUCCUUCAGCACCAGAACUAGGCCUGCCAAUGCAGUAUGGAUGGAAGACAGUAAACUCAAAAACCUUCUCAUCUGUUUCCCCGAGCAACGUAAUUUGUACAACAAAAUCUUUGGUGGUUUUUUGAUGCGGCAAGCACUGGAGCUGGCCUAUGCUAAUGCUGCUGUAUAUUCUCGAAGGAGACCAAUCUUCAAAUCAGUGGACAGCAUUCAGUUUCGCAAACCAGUGGAAGUGGGCGACCUGCUAUAUCUAUCCUCCCAGAUUGCCUACACGGAGAGGAACUACAUGCAACUGAGGGUCCAUGCUGAGGUCGUUGACCCUAAGACGGGAGAACGGGACACAACCAACGUGUUCCACUUCACGGUCAAAUCCAAUGGGCCGGUCCCGCCCGUUCAGCCCAAGACAUACGGAGAGUCGAUGCUGUUUCUGAACGGAAGAAGACACUUUCUGGAAUUUCUCAGGGAAAAUCCUGAAGAGUCCGUGAAAAGUUGAAACGAUGCAAGCUCGCAGCUUUCAAAUAAACUCCUAAGUCUUAAUUAUUAGUAAUUAAACGACAAGUGCAUUUUCGACCGUGUAUUCAAUUAUGCCCAGAUUGUUAUAGACUUAGGGUGCUGAGCUGAUAGCAUUAAAUUAAACUUGUUGGAGUUUAAAGUCAAAUAUGUAUAAAGUACUAGAUGGGGAAAUGUUGGGUUAUUUAUGCAAAAAGGUUUGUACAUUUGUUUAUAGAUCCAUGUUCUUAUUGUUAUUGUUUUUAAUAUUCAGGCUUCAUUUUACAGUUUUAACAGUUCGCUUUAGAAAGAUCAACUCUCAACCAUGUAUUUUAAGUGAAACAAAAUGGUAUUCAUGAAACAUUUUCUUUGGAAGACUGACAUAUGUUGUAACGUCGGACGAAUUCAAAUUGAGCUUCUUUUUCUAUCCAUGGACUUUUCUAUCAGCUGACUGAAAGUAAAAGAAACUUCAAAAAUCUCAAGUUAAUUGUUUAGACAUGACUGAUCUCACAAACUAUUCCAGCUUCUUUUUGAUUGCUGAAAUGAAUUAUUUGAUUUAUUGAUGAGAUGAAUAACAAAGUUGAUGUUCAGUUUUGUAUAGGACAUUUGACAAAAACAUUCUUGACAAAACACAGUAAGUUACAGACUUCUGUUUUGUUACUGGAGUAACUAGUGCAAAAAGCAGAAAUAAAUUGAGCAGAAAAUGAUUAAAAAUUUUCA